AUGGUCCUUGAAAAUGGAAAAAUACCGGCCAUAGUUGAUCACUUGCGUGAUAAUUUCAGCGUAUUUGAAAGGGCUGCCAUCAUGCUCUAUCUCGGCGAACAUUAUGACCCAGAAGGCAAACUGUUAUCCAAGGAUUCCGAUCUGCGUAGCGAGACUAUCCAAUGGUUGAUGUUCCAAGUCGGUGGUUUGGAUCCGGUCAAGAAGUCACCUACCGAUUAA